AUGGCGGAGGCGGAGGAGUGGGAGAGGCGGAAGAGGGGGAGGAGGAGGCAGCGGCGGGGCAGGAGGGAGAGCGACGGCAGCGACCCCGUGGAGGUGCUGGGGGAGGAGUGUGCUGAACUGAUGGCCGGAAAGGCACAUAUUCCUCGUCUGACAAUGAUCCGUACUGCAUCAAAGUUGUCUACCUAUUCAAUGGCCAUCAUGGAUGGCAAGCGGAAUCGGAUCACAAAAGAGGAUCUCUGUGAUCAUGCAUGGGAAUAUCGUUUCACUAUUGCAGCACCAGAGUACUGGAGGAAUCUCGAUCCGUCCUGGAAGCGCACUGGUCCACCCAUGCGACGAUACUUCCACCAUGAUGGUUACCACAGUGCAGAUCCUCAUGACGCUGUCUGGGGUGGCCAUGAGUGUGAGUACACGAUCAUAACAAGCUUUGUCGGUGAUGGAAGAAUCAGAGAUCAUUAUGUGAGGAUCAACCGGUGGCCACCGAUGAAAGUGUCGAGAAAGGAAGAUUGGAGCUGGGAGCUAUCCAACCACCUCUACCGCUACAACAGCAUCCCUGAUGCUGAAAAGGAAGGAUGUACAGUACAUGCGAUUGGUAGCUCAAUGCUGAAGGUCGAGCCACAGCGUCCUCAUCGAGUCCCCGGCCAUGGAGCACCAGACCACCCUGCUGCGCCGCCACCUCGUAGUGCUCUAUGCAGCUACCAAGAACCACGUGGCCAGUCCGAUGUCAAUGGGGGCGCCAUCGACGCGCAGCUCCACACCCGUCCCCACCUACUGCAGGUGACCAGCCACGACCCAGAAUAUUUCCUGGUUCACUUCGAGUUCCCCGCGCAUCACGACAAAGCGGUGCGCCUCAGCGCGCUUGAUGAACCACAUGUAUAG